AUGAGAAUUUCUUCUGUUGUUUUUGGAAAACAUUUUGGAAAACUUGCUAAUACUUAUGGUGAGUAUCGAUUUGCUCUUGCUCCAAAUGAGCAAAGUCCUAUGAAAGGAUUCGUCAAACAAGCUUUUGUUAAUACUUUCAGAAAAUAUGUUAUUGAUAAAUGGUAUUUCUAUAUUCCACAAUCUAUUGGGAUGUAUCUUCUCUAUGACUGGGCAAAGAAAGCUAAUCAUGAAGCCAACAAAAAAGACCCAUCUUUGUGUAUUUUAUUACAUAAUAAACGUUGUUAUUAA